AAACUGAACGUGUCUAAAUUUUAAACUAUUCUACUACAAUUAACGUCAAUGUCACAUUGCUGUCAAAAUCUUCCGUAGCCUGCUGAAACACCAUCACAGAAGUUAUCUUUACGUAAUUUCGGAUUUUUAUACCCGUUUUGCACACACCACAUAAUGGGUAACGCAUUCGCAUUAUAUGCCCGACCAGAAAUAACCCCAGAUCCAAGGAAUGCACCAGCCUUUGAUCCAUUAAAAGGUUUUCCAAAUGGUCGCAAGGAACGUGUUAUGAUUGCCACCGAAGAAGAAAUGCAAUCGGCCAAACUAGCCCAAGAAGAUCGUGACUUCUGUGCUCAUAAGCUGCUCAAGUAUCGUGCAUGUCGAUCCGAUAAGUUCCCAUUCGUGUUCCAGUGCCAUCAUGAGAAACACGAAUAUAUGACAUGUGAAUAUGAAGAUUAUGUGUUGCGAAUGAAGGAAUACGAACGUGAGCGACGAUUGAUGGAACGUGAACAACGUAUUCAACAUAGACAACAACAAAAAGCCUAAUUAAAACACUGCUGCUUAGAAGCUUUAUUAUAUUCUUUUUAGUUUAAUUAUUAAACAAAAUAACUUGGUUGAAACUACACAAA